GAAUAUAUGCAUUUAUUCUAUUCCAUUUCUCUUGGAUUUUGACUAGGGGGCGACGGUGAGGUCAAAUUUGUAGUAGGAAUAGUUCCAAAGUUUAAUAAAUUUAUAGCUUUGCCCUAUCCUCCCCCUUUUAUCCUAUCCUCUCCUAUUUUCCCAGUUAAAGAAUUCCGUCCUAUUCUCAAGUCGAAUUGAAGAUAGGAUUGGAGUUUUGAAGCGCUGAGAUUCACGUAACUUUAGAGACCAAACGAGGCUAUUCGAGGCCGCGGUCUCAAUCCUGAAGUGUCAAAUAACCUCACUUCUUCUCUAACAGGUGUAAAUCAUGCCAUUGACUUGGAGGCUUUCUCGGCCUCGUCCUUUUGAAGGAGCCAUCAGGAGUUGUCGUCUGAAAAUGGAAGUGUCUAUGAGCCUGCUAUUGACCUGAAGGCUCUAUUGGGUUGACUUUGUUGGAUCGAAUUUUUGGUAUAAAUGAUUCAGAUUUACCAAGAUGUCUUUCUAUCUUCAGUCUCUCAUCAACCUCAAUAACAACUACUACACAAUUGUAUUUUAUCACAAAUCUUGCUUAUCCUCUUUCUGAUUACCAAAUACCUCUUCUGCUCAUUUUAUACCCCCUCAGUUUUUUACCUCAAUUCUUUUCAGUAUGUGCAAAAAGUGUGGACAUACUAAUUGCCGACUUGUCUCAAGCAGCAAGGCCUCCUCAUCCAAGAGAAGUAGCUCCGGAAAUAGAUCGGAUGGAUCAGAAAAAUCAGACAAAUCAAAAAGUUCGGAAAAGUCAGGAACUUCGGGAAAGUCAGCAAAUUCGAAAUCUUCAGUCAAGACAGCUAGCUCUGGACUAUCGCAAUUAACGACUUUAGCCCAAACAAUCAGUGAGGACCUUAGACAAGCAUCCGAAGCCUUAGAAACUCUUGUUAAUAACUGGAAGAUUGAUAACGAGAACUUAACGAAAUACACACCGGACUAUGACUCUUCCAAAUGGACCAAACAAAUGCGUCAAAAGCACAAUGAUUACCACAAAUAUGAUGAUAACCGAAAGAAAAGUAUGGGGGAUUUCAAGAAUCAUUACAAAAACCAUUGCAAAAAUGAUCCUACUUCCGAUGACUUUAAAACGCUCCGAGCGCUGGCUAUCAAAUGGGCCGACGAUGCGUUAACUGUGGCCGAGGCACGAUUGCAAUUCUCAAUGGAAAAUAAAGCCGCAUACAAAGAUCACAAAGCAAUGAAAGGACAUCUUGAUCAAAUAGAAAAUAUGAUCAAUAGUGCUAAGAACGCUCUGUCACGUCAAAAGCAAACCAAGGCUACUAUUUUAAAAAUGACUGCAUAAGCGAGUGAUAGCCGUCAAGUUAAAGAUAGCGGUAAAUGAGUUUUCCAGGAACAAGAGAGAAAACGAUCACAUUUUCGCAACAACAAUCACCAGAGUGUAGCUGAAGAGGAUCUAACUCCUCAUUGUUAUUGGGAUAGUAUGCUUUGAUAGUAUGGUGUUUUGGUUAUCAGGGUUUGUUUGUUAUAUUUGAUUUUAUCGGGUUUUGAUUUAUUGGAUUUGUUUAGACUGCAUUGGAUUUAUCGGGGCUUGCAUUAUAUAUAAAUGAAGAAAUGAAUCAUAUACAUUCUUUACUUAAACGUUUGCUUA